GCCCCGGCCGGCCGCCCGCGGCGCCCGGUGCCGGCUGGGCGCGCAGGGGGCGGGGGCCGCGGCUCGCCCCCCGCCGAUGAGCCGCCGCGGCGCGCGGGCGGACGAUGGAACUCCACAUCCUGGAGCACCGGCUGCAAGUUGCCAGCGUCGCCAAGGAGAGCAUCCCGCUCUUCACCUACGGCCUCAUCAAACUUGCCUUCCUGUCCUCCAAGACCAGGUGCAAGUUCUUCAGCCUAACCGAGACGCCGGAGGAUUACACCAUCAUUGUUGAUGAGGAGGGGUUCCUAGAGCUGCCCUCCUCAGAGCACCUGAGCGUGGCGGACGCCACCUGGCUGGCCCUGAACGUGGUGUCAGGCGGGGGCAGCUUCUCCAGCUCGCAGCCCAUCGGCGUGACCAAGAUUGCCAAGUCGGUCAUUGCCCCGCUGGCCGACCAGAACAUCUCCGUGUUCAUGCUCUCCACCUACCAGACGGACUUCAUCCUGGUACGCGAACGGGACCUGCCCUUUGUCACUCACACCUUGUCAUCAGAGUUCACCAUUUUGAGAGUCGUCAAUGGCGAGACGGUAGCAGCUGAGAACCUCGGCAUCACCAAUGGCUUCGUGAAGCCCAAAAUGGUCCAGAGGCCUGUCAUCCACCCUCUGUCCAGCCCAAGCAAUAGGUUCUGUGUCACCAGCCUGGACCCUGACACGCUGCCUGCAGUUGCCACGCUCCUCAUGGACGUCAUGUUCUACUCCAAUGGGGUGAAGGACCCCAUGGCUGCCGGUGAGGACUGUGGCCACAUCCGCUUCUUCUCCUUCUCCCUCAUCGAGGGCUACAUCUCCCUGGUGAUGGACGUACAGACCCAGCAGAGGUUCCCUAGUAAUUUGUUGUUCACAAGUGCAUCUGGAGAGCUCUGGAAGAUGGUGCGGAUCGGAGGACAGCCCCUGGGAUUCGAUGAGUGUGGCAUCGUGGCCCAGAUCUCCGAGCCCCUGGCCGCCGCGGACAUCCCCGCCUACUACAUCAGUACUUUCAAGUUCGACCACGCGCUGGUACCGGAGGAGAACAUUAGCGCCGUCAUCAGCGCCCUGAAAGUCAGCCAAGCAGAGAAGCAUUAGGAGGGCCUCUCCCGCUCCUCCCUUCCUGCCCCCCAGACCCGGGCCCGGCCCCCACCCUGAAGAUUCUUCUCGCAGUAUUUCUCACAGACUGGAAAAUCGGCCCCAGGGUCCCCAAGAAGGGGCCUCCGGGAGACAUCCCCAGUUGCUCCCCCUGCCAGGCCUGGGGCCCGAGCUGAGGCCUCCCCGUGCCCUCCUGCCUUCCUGGAGGCCCCAGGCCCUCCAGAAGACCCCAACCUCCUCCUCGCCCCACCCCUACUCCAGGAAACGAUGUCUGAGGCCCCGGGAGCUGGCGAGCCCGCCCGCCUUCCCAUCUGGCCUUGCCCACACCUGGGGGCAGAUGCUGAAGGAAGCAGGUGCCUCCUGCCAGACCGUGGUGUUCUGACUCUCGUGUCAUCUCGGGGAACUGGCCGAGCGGGGCUGAGUUCGCGGAGCCCGGGGCGGCCCCCGUGAGGACCUGGGGCUGGACGUGUGGUCGCUGGUCUCUGGUUCCAUCAGCUCCAGGCUGGUUCCCGCCGAGUGGAGGCCAGUGGGCGGCCCGAGGGCCACGUGCUGGGGAGGCUUUGCCGAGCACGGCGGGAGGGGAGGCCUGAGCUGGGGAGGACCCGCGCCACCCAGAAUUUCGCCUGCCAUCCACAGGGCCUGCACCCCGACUCCCAGCAAGACUGCCAAGGGGGCCCUGUCCAGACGCCCCCCACCGUAAGCACUCACUCCUGGGGGUGGUUCCCAGGAAACCCACCAGCCUGGGGCACAAGCUCCCGACCCCUCUUGCUGUCCCGGGACCCUCCUUGGGCAAGCGGAGCCUUGGUUUCCCCCGGGUGGGGGCAUCCUCAGCAUUCUGGACCUGGGGUUCCUUGGGUCACCCCCACCCCCAGCAGUUGACUAGACCAGCACAGGGCUCCCCUGUUAUCCUGCCGCCCCCCCGCUCCCCUGCCCCACUUGUGGGGGAUAUGGAAGGCCUCUGCCCCCGACUCACCUGCCUGCCUGCCCCUCAGCUGGGGCCUGUGGCACUCAUGAGUACUUGACCUGGGGGGCAGCUUAUCUGAGCCUUAAUAGAGAAAACUGUACCGUACGUUUUAGUUUCUUAUUUAAUAUAUUUGCGCCCAGGCUGUGGUCAGCGGCAGUUUCAGGGGACGGGGCUUCCUGAGUUCUCUCGGGGGGCCCAGAGGCUCAGCAUCAUUCGGCUGGCGCCCUGUGGCUGCAGGGACCAGCAGGAGAAUCGGGUGGUGUCGCAGAUUCUUGGAGCAGGAAGCUGGCAGCAGAGGUCUGUCACGAGACAGGGGUCCCCCCAGGGCACCCCACCCAGAGCCAUACAAGCCCCACGGACAGGUGCCCAGGCUGCCGUGGUUCUCUCUGAACAUCAGAGGGGACCCGCAGGCCACAGGGCGGUGGGCAGCCAGGCGGCAGGCAGGCUGCGGCAGUCUCGUACCCCUGGAGGCCGAGCAGGGAGCGUGGGGUGAAGCCCGCAUGCCCUCUGCAGCUGGGGCUGGACCGGGGGUUCCCCAGCGGCUCCUGCCUCCCCUGGUGCUCUUUCUCAGGCUGACUUGCGCUGUUCCUGAGAAGCUCAGAGGAGAAAGGCUGUUCUCCUAGUAGGUGAGGGGCUUGUGUGAGCCCCAUGCCCCCCUUCUCCCAGCGUUGUGGGACCAACCCUCCAAGCCCCGGAAGCCCACCAGACGGAAGAGCCGCGGGUCUGGAUCCUCACAGACGCUCAGGACCCAAGCACUGAUUAGGAACCCACUUUUUUUUUUUUUUUAAGUUAACUAAUUUUGCACAAAACUCCCAAGCAACCAAAAUGCGUCCACUGUUUGCUGGCCGAGCGGGCAGGGAAGCGCCGAAGCCCUGAGUCCCCUUCGUCUCCUCGGAAGGCCUGGGUUUUCCGUGGCGUGCCCCUCCAGACUCCUCCCUGUCGGGUCCCCGGUGGUGUCACCUGUCCGCCCUCCCUCCCUGCCGACCCAGCCUGUCGGCCCCAUGACCCCAGAGACGUGUGCUACCCAGACCCCCCCAAACGUAUCUAUUGUACACACUUAUAAAUACCUGUGUUUUAUGUUGAUAUAGAUAUAUACUGUAAAUAGCAUAUAUACUUGAGCAAUAUAUAUGUUAAUAUAUACUGUGUGAGCACGCACACGCGUGUGUGCACAGUCCAUGGACGCAGACCCCACUGUGUGUGCACGUGUGUGGGCGUGAGGGCCUCCGCCCGCUGGGCCUGCUGUGCACGCAGGCACCAUUUGAGCCACCAUAUAUUUUUAAUUCAAGUAUAUAGGCAAUACGUUAUUAGAGAAGCCCUGACUUGAGAGAAAAAAACCAGCAUCCCAAGAGCAGAGCCCCAAGGCCCCCCCAAGCCUCCCCUGGAAGUGGAUCCAGCCUCAUUUCUGUGGCCAAGGCUCCCGGACACCCUCGUUUGCCCUGGCGGACGGGGGUACAGAGGGAGGGGCGUUGGAAUCCCGCCUUGCUCUGGAGCAGAAAGGCCCUCUUCCCGUCGCCCUGAGCCUGAGGACCUGGGCAGGUGGUCCCCGUCCAGCUCUCCACCCGGAGCCCCCAGAGCCCCACGUGGCUGUUCCUGCAUCUUUCUCACCCGCAAGCGUAGAGACCUCAGGUUCUUUUCCCAGGCCUCCUCUUGGAGAUCGGCCCCAUCCAACCAGGAGGAGAAGGCCCGAAGCCCGUGCCCUCACGUCCAGGAGUGGCUGCGGCUAGGGCUGGGCCUGGGCGGGAGCUGCCACCUGGGUCUUCUGGUCCCCAGCCUCCCCUCCCGCUGCACGUCUGUGACGAAUGUAGUCAUAGGUUUGGUUCUAGGCAAGAUGCUCCCCCCCCCCGCCACGUUGCUGGGUGCGGGGGGGUCUCCAGACCCCCCCCAGAGCGGCCUGAGGAACGCAGCAUCGUGGCCGGGUUGUCUUGGCUCUGGCUGGGGAGGCAUGUGGCCGGGGCAGAGAAAUGGGGUUCCUGAGGGAGGCGGCUGAGGGGUGGGGGUGAGCGGCGGCCCUGGGCCUGCUGCCUGGGCCCUGCGGGUGCAUCUUUGCCUCCGUACCGUGUGGGAAGAGCUCACACCCGCUCCUGCGCACUACAGAGGGGAUGGCGAGGGGGGCGCAUGACCACCCCCUCCAACCUCACGCCUGGUUGUUAAGAUCUGUGUCCGUGGCUGAGGCCUCCGCAUGGGCUCCUCUGGUUCCCGAGAAGCACCUUCCUGUCUCCCUUGGCACCCCGUCCCGACCCGCAGGGAUGGGCAGUGCCCGCUCUGUACCUCCGUCCUCCACGGGGGUCUCCGGGCACAUGGUUUCCAUCCCAGCUGGAGAGCUGUGCGGACCCCCCAGCCCAGGAUUCAGGGGGUCCGGAGUCUCCCAAGCACCAGCAUUCUCCCCUUGCCAAGGCCUUGGUGACCAGCAUGGUGUCCGGAAGAAAACACGUGGUCCAGGGAGGCUUGUGCCCCGUGAGGUGACAGGAUGACACGGAGGUCAGGAGAGGAGGCUCUGGUUGGACGGCAGGGUGCGGCCCCCGGUCCCGAGCCAAGGACACCACUGGCCUGAGAGUCCAAGAUGCACCUGCCCGCCCACCGCGAGCGGCCCCUCCUGGCCGCAUUUCUCAGGCUGACUGAGGAGGCCCCGGGCCACCUCGCUGGGCCUCUGGAUCUGGAUGUGAGGACGCCCUGGGCCCUGCCCAGCCAGGGCUAAGAGGGACCCUGUGGGUCUCCAAGGUGACGGCACAGCGCUCCCAUGCUCUGACCCAGGGGUCCCUGGUGUCCUGAGUGAACUCUGAGGGGGUGGUCAAGAGAAGCCCCCCAGUGGAUCUGUGUCCCCCUGUGAGCCGGGGCCACUGGGAAACGAAGCAGGCAUUUGGCUUGGGGAGCAGAGCUCGGGGCGGGGGAGGAUGAUGUGUCCGUCCGUUUCCCCCACAGACGCGAGCGUCGGCUUUUCAGGCUUCCCCAGUGCUGUGGAGGGGCAGGCGCCCUGGCUUCCGAGAGGCGGCCGGGUGGCUGCGGUGCGUCCGGCCAGCGUCCGGCCAGCGAGGCCCCGGGGCGCUGCGCCCUCUGGCUACGUACCUAGUCCGAGUCCCCGAGCUCAUCCCAGCUUCUUUCUUCUGUUUUCGAAUUAGAGGCAAUCAAAGGGCAAGUGUCCUUGUCCCUCCUCCCGUUUCCUUGGACGCUGGGAGGAGGCCACGGGGUGGGCUGUGUGGCCUUCAGCCUUGGCGUCCAUGCCGUCCUGUGAGGCCUGCCCUGGGGAGAAGGGAGGGCCGGGCGGGGGCCGUGCCGAGGCAGCCUGCUGUCCUUGGGCCGAUGGCUCCCGGGGGUCGGGGCUGGGGGAGGCUGGGAGUCAGGACGGGGUCGUGCUUGGCUAUGAGCCUGUGUACACAUACACGUGUAAGUUCAGUAUUUUGAGGCCUCGGGAGCAUUGUCACCUGUGGGCCACGUGCAGUAGGGUUGACUGGGUGGCAGGCCUCGCACGCAGGACCCCCCCACCUCUCCAGAGUGUUAAAGCUGCUCUGAAGGGACAGUGGUGUCCCUGGCGGAGUCUCUGCUGUACCACACAGAGGCCUGGCAGCCCCAGGGGGUGAGCCCAGCCGAGCCAACUCUUCAGAAGCAUCCAGUCCUGAAGACAGUAUUCACGGGAGAGGUUUCGGGGGCUGGCGCCCUCCCAGCAACUCGUGCUCAUCUGCAAAGAGCAUGGUGGAUGAAAAACGGGGCCCAGUUUGGGUUCCAAGAUAAGAGGUCAAGCCCAGUGCGUUUUCCUGUCCUCUGCCUCAGUUUACCUAUUCAGAAAAUGGCCCAGGAGGAACUGAGCAGGGUUAGCUCCAAAACUGGGGGGGGGGGGGGGGCGGCAAGGGGCUGAUGACAAGCAGAAUCCCAAGUCCUCCUCUUGCUCUAUGCCAAAAUUAUUUCCGUUAUCCUGAGAUGGGGGUGAGUGGAUGUCGGGUGCGUUAUGGGGCUCUGAGGGGCCUCUGCCCUGCCCAGGGCCUCGCCUGGGGUCCGGCCCUCACCUGGCCUGCCCCAGGUCACCAGCAGUAGCAGCAGUGGCACUUAUAUCUGUCCCAAGUUAUGGGCAAGGGGGAGCACGGGGGCCCCCCCGACGCCCCAAGGCCCUCACGCUUCUACCCUCUGUUGAAGACACACAAAACCCUCGAGAUUCAUGUACUGUAUGACGGAGAGAAAAAAAGUACCUAAUGUUCCCCAAAAAAGACAGUAUAUUUUGUACUUUGUAAAGUGUUAAUUAAAAUGGAGACAAAAAUGGA